AUGAAUUUGCAACAGGUUGUCCUCAGUCUCGGUGUGUUCGCAACGCUUCUGCGCGACCGGUGCUAUGGCGACGAGGAUACGGAGCACGUACACAUCAAGCUGCACGUACCGGAGAUCAUCAACCGCCACGUGCACGUCAAGACGAAGUACAUGCACGUGUACCAUCCGAAAAAGAUCGUCCAGGAAAUGCCACCGACCUUCCCGGAGCAACAACAGCCCCAGCACCAGCAACUGAUCGACCCAGCCAGCAUGUGGAUACCGUCGGGCGCUAUGCCUGCCCCCGCUCCACCCCUCGCACCGACGUCCGCAAUGGCGGCUGCCUUUUCGUCAAUGGUGCAGGAGAAGCUAUCGUCCCAGCUGGCGCAGGAGCUGAUGAUGCGCUACCGGAACCUCGAGACGCCCUCGUCCUCGGCGCUCGGGGAGUCGGCCACCUCGGAGGCGGACUAUCUGCGCGAUUACUAUCGGCAGCAGCGGAAACUCUCCGACCAGCUGAUGCUGCAGGAGGCAAUGCAGUUGCCGAACUUUGCGCAAACCAAGUACCUUUCGAGCAUGGGCUGGGACUGGGAUAAAUCGUUCGGUGUGAAGCCAUCGGACGCCGCUGAUCAGCCGCUGCCGAUGAAAAAGUCGAAAAAGAAGAAGAAGGACUUUAAAACCUACGGCGGGCUGUAG